CAAACGAUUUGGCGAAGCAGUCCAAAAUCGUCUCACAACAUAAGUACAUAUAUUCUCUCUCCAUGUAUCUGCUCACGUCCUGUUAGCCUCAGCAAAACAUACAAGGGACACUUGCGUGAAUUAGGGUCAACUGGGAGCGGCCUUAUAUCAGGAGACCCGUCUGAUGAUCAAUUCAAUAGUCCCAUUGUCCUCUCCGAAGUAUAAUGCCAAACCGGCAACUGCUGUGCAUGGUCAAGAUCUUGCUACUCAGGCCACAGCAAUCCUGUUCUCAAUGAGAGGUGAUGAUGGGGCGAUGGAACGUGGCAUGAACCGCCACUUUCAAGAAGGAGGGUGGGACAUGAUGAACAACAAUUCAGGUUAUGGGGUUGACGGUAAUCGGGUGGUGGCGACAUAUAGUAGGGAUAACUACCAGCAGCAGCAGCAGCAGCAACAG